ACAGUUUGUAUUACCGCAAUCGUCCUCUUUACGUUGUCCCUGGAAAGAUCUACAGUAGGAUUUAUUACAAUAAAUAUACAUCGUAGACAAGUCCCCAAUACAAACAUUUUUAUUACAGUUCAACAUGGCACUCGCAGCUCUGUCCACCGCUUUUUCCUUCCUGAAAGUAAUGAUGAACAUGAAGCAGCUCGUUGCGACAGGUCAAGCAGGGGACGGCCGAGAGAAAGCUUUGCUCGACCAUGUCGUUAAAACGGCUGAAAAGGACAAUCCUCUGUCUGUGUUAAAUGUAAUGGAUGCCUAUGCAAAAGCCUCUGGUUGGCUGAUGAACAUUGGCGAUGACAAAGGACCCAUUUUAGAUAUGGCCCUUGAGAAAUAUAAUCCAAGGGUGGUUCUUGAACUCGGGACAUUAUGCGGGUAUUCUGCUGUGAGAAUUGCUUCGCAGCUGCACAAGGAGGGCAGUAAAAUUCUGUCUUUUGAGAUGAGCGCAGAGAAUUGCAACAUCGCCAGGCAAAUUAUCGAGCACGCAGGGCUGUCGUCCAAAGUGGAUGUGGUGGAAGGAAAAUUCAAUGAGCGUAUUGACGUAGCCAAGAAAUUUCUGGAGGAGAUGAAUUCCCCAUACUUUGAUUUCGUUUUCCUCGACCACUGGAAAGACCGCUAUAUGCCAGACUAUCUUCUAUUGAAGGAAAAUGCGUUGGUGGGAAAUGGCAGCGGAAUAUGUGCAGACAAUAUGGGGCCCAUCAUUGGACCCGCCGACUUUAGGAAAUAUGUGAAAACGCAUCCAGAAGAACUUGAGACCUCUGAAUACAAGAGCCAUGCAGAGUAUCUUUGGUGGUUGCCAGAUAGCGUCACGGUCUCUACCUUUAAACUAUCCACGCAGUAGUAGUAAAUUUUCGUGACAGUGUGUGCCUAGUAAUUAAUAUAUUACAGUAUAUGUACAAACCUCAGUCAAGCAGAAAAAUACAUGCAGACACUACGUAUGCCAGUUUGCCAUGGAAAGGGGCUUGUCACGACCAAAUCGGUCAUUAAUAUUAUUUGUAUUUAUCUGUUGUUGCUUUUUUA